GAUGAGGGGGGUGUCGUCGCUUCCCUCUGGGCGGUGCUAACGAGCUAAAACAUUUCAUAACAUGUUGUACAAUUGGCAUUGUCCGCCUACAGGAGGUGGACAGGGCUGAAGCGUACCACGCAACGACCUGGACUUUAGUAUAAUUUCGCAUUUAUAUAUACAAGUGUGUUAAAGAUGGCUUCAGCUCUGGCCAACAGAGCGAUGGGAGCCAUCGUAGGGUCGGCCGUUGCAGAUGCAGCAGCACAGCCCCUCCACUGGGUUUAUGACCUCCAGAAGCUGCAGGGGAUCCUGGCUCAGGAUCCAAACCCAGAGUUCCGCCCUGAGUCGGCCAACCCUUUCUACAGGAGGCAGACGGGCCAGCAGAGCUGCUACGGAGACCAGGCGUUUGUCCUGCUGGAGUCCCUGUCUGAGUGUGGAGGUCUAAAUGUUGAAGAUCUGAAGCAGCGCACACUGAAAUUCUUCGGGCCUGGAUCAGAGUAUGACACACCUGUAAACGAUCCUUACAGAGAGAAAGGAGGGCCAAGACCUCAGCUGCCCAUCGAGGGACCGUGGAGACAAGCAAGUUUGAAGAGCUUCCUGAAGAAUGUGGAUGCCGGCAAAGAGGAGACAGGCUGUGAGAACGACUGUCAGAUUGAUGGAAUAGCCAAAAUGGCUCCUAUUGUGGCGUUUUAUGCAGGAAAGCCUGACAUGCUGGAAAAGGUUGAGCAGGCAAUCCGUGUCACACAGAACAAUGAUGCAUGUGUGGCGGAGACUCUGGCAGCAGCAAGGUUCCUUGAGCAUUUCAUCUUGAAUGGUCCUGAUCCAAAAGCCUUGGACUCGGUGCUCGAUCAGCUCAGAGACCCGAACAGAAAGCAGCCCCAGGAGCUGGACAAAGCAGUCAUUGGGCACAUUCAUCAGGUGAAGGAGAAUUUAUCAAAGACUCCAAAGGAGCUAAUCCCCACCGUGUUUCCAAACACAUGAGGUUUGCCAGGUGCGUUCCAAGCAGCGCUGCAUGGAGUCCUCACAGCCGAGCACUACGAGCAGGCUGUGAGAGACACCAUGAGCUGUGGGGGAUGCACCUGUAGCAGAGGGUCCUUCAUCGGAGCCUGUCUCGGGGCUCAGGUCGGACUUGAGGGAAUUCCAGCUACCUGGACAUCCAAAACCCUGCGCUAUGACUCCGUGUUGGAGCAUGCCAAGAAAAUAACCAAACAUCACCAAUAGUUAUUUUUGUGGCAGUAUAAUGUGUUUUACAAUCUGAGGUUGAUGGGAACAAAGUGAAGAAACUGUUGCACUUUUACAGAACAGUGAAUGAAGGUUCUUGUCUAAACUUUUGGACGGCAGGAGCCGGAUGUUUUUGUCUCUGUUAAAGUUUAACAUGUUGGUUCAGAUGUUCACUAACUGACAGCAAUAAAGUAAUUCUGGAAAAAAAGUAAUGUAGAAUGGUUUGUGCAGUAUCAAGUUUGGCUGUUUCAUGAUGCUACCAGUAUCGACCAGUAAAGGCAGGGCUUAUCAUUUUGACAACAAGAAAAAUUAGAAAUAAAGCACUGAAAUGUUUUUAUCGAAAUGUUAUUCAAAUCCUCAGUACCAGAGAGUCAAGGUGUGACUUGUUGGUGAUGUCCUUGUAUUGUAUAUUAAUGCCUGAGUUAUUAGUUGUGGAUAGACAGAAGUAAAAGGUAGUGAAGUGAUGAAAUACAGUGAUCUAAGGAGUGGGGAAAUAGCAUUAAGUAGUAAAUAAAAUAGAAAUAAGAUUAAGAAAAUGCAGUGUGUGACUGGAGAAAGAAAAAAUCACCCCAUUAGUUUUCCAAUGUAUUUACUCAAGGCAGUUCUUUUUUUUUUCUUUUUUUUCCCCUUUUUUUGACAUGCGCAUAAGCCUUUUUCUUUUGUCAUUUUAGUUUGCACAAAAUACAGUAGGUCCAAGAAUCUGGAAAAGUUGUAUUUGGGAAAUAUGUAAAUUUGUCAAAAUCUAUUCCCCUCCAAUGUUUUAAUUUUUCAAUCUGUACCUCACAAAUUUGGUUGAUAACAAAUUAAAUGCAAUGAAAAGAG